UGCACAUUCAUGGCGCCAUUGCUCGGAAGUUUGGUAUUAAAAAUAAACUUUUGAAUAUGUGAAAACAUAUGAACGCCUAUAUGCUCCCCCCGAAACACCACAAGUUAAACGCGUAUUUUAGCAGAUUUUUUUCUUUCUCAGUUUCAACGCCUCAGUAAUUGUUUUCACAGCUCGUGCUCACGCAGCCAUCCCUUGACAGGACAGCGGUGGCAAGGGCUCCAUCCAAAAUCUAAUGGUGAGAAUGAGGAGGAAUCGGUGUGAUGCGGGGCUGUGCAUGGGUACAGCGCUGCCUCAAUGAAUAAUGUAGAUGGGCAUCAGCAUGCGUCUAUAGUCUCUGCGAAAACACGGACGCUGAGAAUCAACCCGCGGUCUUUUCUGCUCAUUUAACCGCGAUUUCGAGUAUGGAAACGGGUCUGGUCGCGAAUCAUCAAGUGAGAAAUGUUGGAAGCGGAGAUCCCCCUCCUUCGCCUCAUCAUCGCACGCCUCCACAGCAACAGCCACAGCACCAGCAGCGAGCCGUGCACCUCCACAACAACAACAUCAGCCCGACACCCGCGCGCGGAGAUCCGGGGAGCCGGCAGCAUGGAGGGAAAGAGAGCGCUCUGGAGACGCAGGUCGGUCGCCAUCCGCGUUUGCUGAACACAAGCGACGAGGAGGAGCGCUCGUCCAAAACCGGGGGGGAUCGGAUGGGCAGCAGGUACGAGCACUCCAACUUCGGACCAACGAGCAACCACAACAACAACAACAACAACAGCGGCGGCAGCGCGUCCCAAAGCGGGAACAGCUCCGUUUCUGAGUUUAAUCAUUAUUACGGGAAUGGAAGAGGAGGGCCUUGCUUUGAUCAACAUGGCGGACAACAAAGCCCUAGGACGGCUUUAAUGCAUCAAGCACAGGGCAACAUGGAUCAAGUGCAAAACUCCCACGAAGGGUACCAUAAUAAUCCGUACAACCACUAUCCCAACUACCGGCCGGGGUACGGUGGCGCUGGAUACGGUAUGAUGAGCCCGUCGCGGCAGGGGAACAUGAUGGGCCCAGGUAACAAUUCGCCUACCGCCGCUGCUGCUAUUCAUGGCAAGGCUGCUAUGGCCUCUACUAACGUUACCCCAGCUCCCGGUGCCAAUGUUGGGUGCUUUCAGAGGUUCCCCGGACAAAACCAACUGCACCCUUCUGGAGCUACACCCACCCUAAACCAGCUCCUGACAUCUCCGAGUCCGAUGAUGCGCGGAUAUGGCAGCGGCUAUCAAGACUACAGCACCCCGCAGCAGCAGUCCGGCAUGGGUCUGGGCAAAGACCUGAGCUCCCCGUACAGCCACGGCUGGGGAGCACAACACAGAAACCACCCGGCCUUGAGCCCUGGGAAUAACGGGAACAGCAGAGCUCAGGUGGCGGCUAUGGACCCUAUGGCCUUGAAGCGUUCUCAGAUGUAUGUGAUGGGCAACAGUCCCUACUCUCAGGCAGGUGGAACUUAUCCGGGACAGCCAUAUGGAUCACCCGCUCCUCAGCGAUACCCAAUAGGAAUGCAGGGGCGUGGCCAAGUGGGCAUGGGAGGGAUGCAGUACCCUCAGCAACAGCAGAUGCCGGCUCAGUACGGGCCACAAGGAAUGGGCGGCUACUCUCAACAGGGUCAGCCCCCAUACUUCAGUCCUCCACAGCAGCAGUCUGCGGCCCCCUCUCAACCCCCCUACAUGCAGCAGCGUGCUCCAACACAACAGGAGACUCUGCAGGAGGGAUAUGUAAGCAGGGGCCAGUCUGGGAAAUCGAACCACGAUGACAUGGGUCUUACUCAGCAGGACCGCCCGUCCAGCCUUCCGGAUCUGUCCGGCUCUAUAGAUGACCUCCCCACAGGAACAGAGGCGGGUCUCAGUUCGGCCGUCAGCGCUUCGGGUUCUACCAGUAGCCAGGGCGAGCAGAGUAACCCCGCCCAGUCACCCUUCUCACCCCACGCCUCGCCCCGAGUCCCCAGCAUGCGCAGCGGGCCCUCGCCCUCACCGGUUGGAUCACCUGUGGGUUCCAGCCAAUCACGUUCUGGGCCCAUAUCACCUGCCAGUGGGCCAGGUACACAGAUGGCCCCUCAGACCACAGGGAAUGUUCCAGACGUGGGCUCCCAUUCCACUCACAGUCAGUCGCCCAUGUCUCAGGAGAGAGGAUUUGCACCUAACAUGCAGCGCAAUGUACCUGGUCCCCAGUUUGUAGGCCAGCAGCCGGGACCUUCUAUGUCUCCACACUCCUGUCCCACUGGCCCUAUGCACCAUAGUGUGGGCUCCUAUCAGCUGAGCCCCUCUUAUGGGCCCCAGAGUGGCCAGUAUGGUCCUUCAGGUAACUACCCACGCCCUUCUAACUAUGGCGGAGCACCAGGUGCCAACUACAGUGGCCCCGGCCCAGGCAACAGUCUUGGCAUGAAUGCCAGCAGUCCAAUGCACGGGCAGGGUCCAGGGCAACCCUGUGGCUCUAUGACCACGGCUCGAGGACCAGGGCAUGCAGCUGGCGGCCGGCCGUACCCAGCAGGCUCCAGCAGUGUGGCUCCAACGUCUCCCAACAUGCCUCAGUCUGCUGGCCCUGGGAUGGGUCCACCUCCUCCCAACGUCAGUCGCAAGCCCCAAGAGAGUGGCCCUACAUCUGCCCAGCAGAACCCAGUCCCCUCUGGACAGCCCAGGCCUCCCUUUGGCAGGUCCCCUGUAUACCUCGGCCUGGCUGGGCCCGGGGGACGGCCAGCCUCCUUCCCUAUCCCUCACCCCCAUCACCCUCACUACAGUUCUGGGCAAGGCCAGGGGCAGCCUCAUGCUGAGCUGUAUGGGCCAGGCGGGUAUCAGGCUGGGCCCCACAUGCUUGGGAUGGGUCCUGGAGGCCCCUACAACCAUCCACCAAGCAACAGCGCAGCCAGGAUGACCCCUCAAGGACCGUCCUACAACACAAUGCCCACAGGACCCGUGACAGGCUCAGGCAACAGCAUGAUGCCCACCAAUCCCAAACUGAGAGCUGAGCACAAGGAGGAGGGCAGCACACCCACCACAGAGCCUCCUAAGCCAAAGUCUACGAGUGCAAACUCAGGCUCUCUUCAAGGGCCGCAGACUCCUCAAUCUACAGGCAGCAGCACUAUGACAGAGAUGCCAGGAGACCUAAAGCCACCAACACCAGCUACCACACCCCACGGACAAGUGACCCCUCAGCCAACUGGCAGAAACAGUGGUGUUAGUGUACAAGAUCCAUUCUCUGAAAGCAGCGACCCAGCCUUUCAAAAGCGAGGCCCCAUGCAUGGAGGAGGCAGUGUAGAUGCCACCUCUAGAAUGGCGUUUGACACCAGUAAGGAUCCCUAUGGAGCUGCCAGGAAAGGUGGCUCUGAGCCCUUUAUGCCAGGGCAGAUGCCAGGCAGCAGCAUGCAGGAUAUGUAUCCACGUGGACCGCCCUCAGGCAUGGGUAUGGGCCCACGACCCCAGUACUCCUACAACCCUGGUUUUGAGAGGAGGCCAGAGCAUGUCAUGGGUCCAGAGGGGGGAAUUGGCCCCCCUGGAAAUCAGAACAACAUGGUGCUUUCCAACAGUGAUCCCAGCAUGUUCUCAGGCAGUAGAUACGUCUCUCAUCAGAGACAUGGACAUGAAGGCUAUGGGCAGCAGUACCCUCACAGUAUGCCAUAUGGCGCACAUGGGAUGUAUGCCCAACAGCAGGGUUAUAAGCGGCCUGGGGAAGGGAUGUAUGGCCCUCCUGCUAAGCGCCAUGAGAGUGAAACCUAUAGUAUGCAGUACGGUGGCCAGCAGCCUGACAUGUAUAGCCAAUAUGGUUACCCAGAGCGUAGGCCCAUGCAAAGCCCGUUCCCCUAUCCAUAUGGACGCGAUCGCAUGCAGCCAGGUGGGCAGGGACCUUCUCAGCACAGCAUGAUGAGUGGUGGACCACCCCCAUCCUCCAACUCCAGUGGUGGGCCUCAGGGGAACAUGUGGCACACCAGGCAUGACAUGAGUUACCCUUACCCCGGCCGGCAGGGUCAUGGGCCCCCCUACACCUCCAUGAGCCGUGGAGAUGAUCCAGAAGUCAGGGCCAGUCUGGACAAUCAGUGGCCUGGUCAGCGUCAAUCCCCCUACCCACCACACUCUUCGUCCUCCGCCAGCUCCAUGCCCCCCAUGGCUAGCCGGCAACCACCUUCUUCCUACCAGUCUCCUCCAGCAAUGCCAAACCAUAUCUCUCGAGUCCCGAGCCCUGCACCAUUCCCUCGGUCUGUGGGUGGCUCUAUGUCACCCAAUAAGGCUCAUAUGAUGGCCUCUAUGAAGCAGAUGCAAAAGCCGGGUGGCCCAGGGUCCAUGCCAAGCUCUCAAACUGGUGGUCAUCCUGGGCAAGGCUUCCCAGCAAUCCAUCGGGAGGUCACUUACCCAUUAGACUCUGUGGAGGGAACGCAGCCUCAGCUUAAACCCCGACGAAGGUUAACAUCCAAAGAAAUUGGCACACCAGAGGCUUGGCGUGUAAUGAUGUCCCUGAAGUCUGGUUUGCUUGCUGAGAGCACAUGGGCCCUAGACACAAUAAACAUCUUGCUAUAUGAUGACAACACAGUGCCUUCCUUUGGCUUAUCUCAGUUGCCUGGUUUCUUGGAGCUCAUUGUUGAAUAUUUCAGAAGGUGCUUAAUAGAGAUCUUUGGGAUCCUCGAGGAAUAUGAAGUCGGAACAGAGGGUCAGAAAACUCUUCUUGGUCCAUGUUCGGAACCCACAGAAAAAAAGCAACCUUCCAAUCAAGACCUAAAAAGCCAAUCCAAUACAGAACAGGUGGAGAGAUUAGAUGUGGAGCCUGAGAAACCUCAACCCAGCAGCUCAGCAGCAGCACUUAAUAUGGAGAAAAGGGAAGACUCUGCAGAAAGUAAGGCCGACGAAAAGAACACUGGUAAAGAACCAUGUCCUCCAGUGGAGCCCAGACCCAAGCAAGCCAGUAAGUAUGACAAACUCCCAGUGAAAGUUGAGGAGAGAGAGGCUGUGGCUGAUUGUGUGGAGGAUCGAUCAGAGCUGCUAGGCCUGGCCGGGGAGUUCACCAGUGGGCUUCUGCAUUGGAAGGCAGGUGGAGGGGACUCUACUGCCCACAUCCAGACCCAUUUCGAGAGACGUAGGGAAGAAGAACAGAAGCCUUCAGAGAAUCAGGAAGGUGUACAGGCUCCUGGAAAAGAAACGGUUGAAGAGGAGCACGGGAGGGAAGAGGAACUGAAGAGAGAACUUCCAGGGCCCUCAGAGGAAACCUUGACAGCCACUGUGGAUGACAUGCUAAGUUCUCGUCCAGGGUCCCUAUCAGAGGGCGAAACUCAGACAUUCCCCUUCCGCAGCAGAGAGAAACAGAGUGGCAUUACUUUGCUGGAAGAUGAGCCCCGAUGCUGGGAUGAAGCACCUCUUUCAGUAGCCGAGGGCUGGCAAGAUGAGUUGGCCAAGCGCUGCAUCUGUGUGUCCAAUAUCAUUCGUGGACUCUCCUUUGUCCCGGGCAAUGACAGCGAAUUGGCUCGGCACCCAGGUUUAGUGCUCAUUCUUGGAAAACUUGUGCUUUUGCACCAUGAGCACCCUAAAAGAAAAAGGAUGCCACCUACCUACCAGCGAGAGGAAGAGCGAGGUCUGGCUUGCAGCAAGGAUGAAUGGUGGUGGGACUGCCUUGGUGCCUUGCGUGAGAACACCUUGGUCACCCUUGCCAACAUUUCAGGACAGCUAGACCUGUCUAUCUAUCCAGAAAGUAUCUGCCUUCCAAUUCUGGAUGGGCUUCUCCACUGGAUGGUGUGCCCUUCGGCGGAGGCCCAGGACCCUUUUUGCACGGCAAAUGGCUUCUCCUCGCUCACACCGCAGAGGCUGGUGCUGGAGUGUCUGUGCAAACUGAGCAUCCAAGACUCUAAUGUUGACCUUCUGCUGGCCACACCCCCUUUUAGCAGACAGGAGCGCCUCUUUGCCACAUUAGUGAGGCAUGUUGGUGAGCGAAAGAGUCAGGUGUGCCGUGAGAUGGCAGUAGCCAUUCUCUCCAAUCUUGCACAGGGUGACCCAACAGCUGCCCGAGCCAUUGCCCUGCAGAAGGGCAGUGUGGGAGCCUUGAUAAAUUUCCUAGAGGACAGUGUUGCCAUGGCACAGUAUCAGCAGAGCCCUCACAGUCUCUUGCACAUGGGACAUGCCACCCAUCCCGAGCCGCCCAGCAUCAACAUGAUGUGCCGGGCCGCCAAAGCCCUGCUGGCCAUGGCCCAAGUGGAGGAGAACAGGCCUGAGUUUGUGCUCUACGAGAGCAGGCUUCUUGAUAUCUCGCUGUCCUCCGUGCUGAACUCUGGUGUGGCGGUCAUCCUGUGUGAGGUACUGUUUAAGCUCGGCCGCUCGUGACAGGCACAAAGGAGCAGGAGCCUAGAGUGCCAUCAUGGGAACGUACAGUACGGCUGAGCUGAGCCACAGAGAUCACACAGAACUGUCGGUGUUAUAUUUUUAUUUAAGGGAAAGAACACAAACAAAAAUCGUUUUUACAUACAAAUGAAUAUAUAGAGAAUAUAUAUAGCUCCUCUGCCCCAUUUCCCAGUUUUCAUUUUGGAUUUUUAAAUGAUUUUAAUACAGAUAUUUAAUACUUGGUCUUUGUUUUGUUUUCUAUUCUUUUUUUAUUUGUUUCGUUUUGUUUCAUGUGUAUUUUCUUUUAUUUGUUUUAACCAAAGUUGGCAUCUGAUACCGUUAGUUUUUAGAGUAUUUUGCUCAGAAUGUUUUUAAUGCAGUGUUUCGUUUGUUUUCUUGUGGGACUUUGUUUAUUCGGGGAAUGCAGAUUUAUUUAAAUUGUGAGACAUGUUGUAGAUAGAAUUUCUCUUGCAAUGUGUUGCGAUCAAAGAACAAAAAA